AUGGCAGCCUCUGACGCCCUCGACAAUGUAUCCCUGGCGAGGUCGUCUCAUAAGGCCCAGCUCGACUCGCCUCACAUCUUACAAUAUGGACCUCCUCCCCAGACCCGGAGGACAGGAUCUGGCUCAUCUAACGGAUCGCCGAGCGCCAGCGAAGCGAUGAGGAGGCCGAGAAAACCUCAGAACCCACCAUCCGCAAACUCUUCUUCUUCUCGCAAUACCCAGGCUUCAGGAAGCAUCCGUGGGGGAAAUGCUGCCGCUCAUAGGGCUGUGAAAUCCCUCCCACCAUGGGUAGCUUCCUACGAGGAUGAGGACGAUAUUCCCAGUUCUCAGCCUAGCGAUCGCGUCCUAUCUUCUUUGCCUAGAGCACAUUCUGCCCAGCACCAUUAUGCCCCGACCAACCCGACGCGUAGAAUCUCUCAAGAUGGAUUUAUCGACUCGAUCGACGAGGAGACCAAAGCAAAAAACGAGACCGGGUUUUUCGGAGGUCAUAGAGAGCCUGUGAAAGGAAGGAAAUGGGAUCAUAUCAGAGACUCCGAACCCGUUAUCAUGCACGAGGCCGACAUGCCAUCCAGUUCUGCUUGGGUACCCUUUAUCAAAUCCUCCAUGUACGCCCCAGCACGGAACGAGGACCGCAAAAUUGUUACCCCGGAAUUUCUACGACAGCAAACUCCUGGAUACGAUAAACCAUGGCGGGGUGAUUUAGAGAAUGGGGAAGAAUCCGAAAAGUUUUCAACGCUCCUGUACAGUAAGAAGAAGCGGAAGACGUUGCUCAAGGCCUGGGAGCAUCACGUUCUCUUUCACCCCAUCGUCCCUCUUCUCUUUCGCAUCACCGUCUUCAUUACCUCCGUCGUCGCCCUCUCCAUCUCAUCCUCCAUCCAUCAUCUCUCCAACAACUACUCCUACUCGCAAAACGCCUCAACCACCAUGGCCAUCGUUGUUGACGUCGUCGCCAUCCCCUAUAUACUGUACAUAACAUGGGAUGAGUACACCGGCAAGCCUCUCGGUCUCCGCUCCCCCAAAGCUAAAAUACGCCUUGUGCUACUAGACGUCUUUUUCAUAAUCUUUGAAUCUGCAAAUACAGCGCUAGCUUUCGGGGCUCUAACGGACGCGGAUGGGGCUUGUAAGGUGAGUCCAGAAUCGGAUAGGAAUAGUAUUGUUUGUGGGAGGGUGAAGGCGCUGUGUGCAAUUUUGAUGAUUGCCCUGAACGCCUGGAGCUUGACGUUCUCCGUGAGCAUAUUCAGGCUGGUUGAGCGCGUCGGAGCCAGAGAAGACGGUGAUUAA